CGACUGUCACAAUUGUAAACAAAUAGGAAAUAAUGGUUUGCAUUGAAAAGUGAUCAGGAUAUCUUCUUUGAAGCAAACAAUAUAAACCUAAUCUUUGUCUUUGAAUUUACUCAUACUUCUUAUCAAAUCAUCAGAAAUCAUGACUUCAAUGUUCGAUCAGUUUGAACAGGCAUCUAUAAGAUCCAAGAAUAAUAAUAUAAUGGCAGAAAUGAACACUUUAGACUAUAUAAACAUGACUUUAGCGGAUGAUAUUCCGAUAUUCAGUAAAAUUAAAAAAGAUUUCACUCCAUCUUAUAAAGUUACACAUGUAGUUCUUGAAAAUAGAUAUUUAGUGGCAGCCUUAUCAAAUGGAUCAAUUUUUAGAAUGCAUUUAAAUUCGCCGAAUACAAGAGAUGAAAUUUCUCUGAGUAAAUUCACUAAUUGCCGAUUGAGCAAUUUAUUCCUAGAUCCUACAGGUAAUCAUUUACUGAUUAGUUUGGUACCUACAUCCAAAGAAGUUGGUCCAGAAUUACUCUACUUAUCUAGAAAAACAAACAAAUUGAGAGCUACGACAAAGUUUCGGGGACAUGAGUUCACUGAAGUUGCUUGGAAUAAUUUGAAUACAUCGGAGAGCACCACUGGUGCGAUUUUAUUAGGUACAUCUAAAGGUUUGAUUUUCGAAACUGAAAUAGUUCUUGAUGGUGAAAAAUUUUUCACUUCUGGAUUUUCAUCUAUUGAGCAGUACUGGCGACAGGUGUUUGACAUUGGAAAAGGAACAAAUAUUCCGAUCAUGGGACUGGAAUACUUUGAGAUACCUGGAGCGAAUAGACUGAUCAUUUUUGCAGCUACAGCAACCAGACUGUAUUAUUUCUCUGGAAAGGGAGAACAGGAUGAAAAACCUACCUUGCAGCAGGUCUUCAAUAGGUACCUCAACAUACCAGAGCCUGAAACCUAUAUAGAGAUGGAGAGUAAUCUCAGAUAUUCAAAACUGAAAUUCUAUUCCGAUAAUUUAACAACCCCAAAUUAUUUUGCUUGGAUGACUGGAAAAGGAAUAACCUAUGGAAAGCUUGAAUGUAGUUCUACAGAAACUCUCGCAUCGAUUAAAUCAAAUAUGAAAACUAUAUCAUUCCCGAAGCCAAAAUAUGAGGACUAUUCAGUUAGCCAAAAGUUCCCAAUCGCCAUUGUAGUGACAGAAUUUCACAUUCUUCUUGCUUAUGCUGACAUGGUAAAAGGAGUUUGUCUAUUAAAUGAAGAGGUUGUUUAUGAAGACAACUAUAACGAGGCAUUUGGAAAACUGGUCAAUAUAGUGAAGGACUCGAGAACAGGCGAUAUUUGGGUCAUCAGUGAGACAGCUGUAUUUCAAUAUAAAGUUACGAGAGAAGAGAGAAACGUAUGGAAAAUAUUCGCUGACAAUCAACAGUUUGAGUUAGCAAAAAAGUAUUCCAGGGGAAACGAAGUCUCCUACAAUCAGGUACUCAUAAAAGAAGCUGAUAUGCUUUUUGACAAAAAGAAUUACGAGCUUAGUGCUCAAAUAUAUGCAGAAGCCGAGUCCAGUUUUGAAGAGAUAUGCUUGAAGUACAUCCAAGCUGAACAACAAGACGCCCUGAAAAUAUUUCUAAGACGAAAGUUGGAUAAUCUGAAACCACAAGAUCAGACACAGAUUACCAUGAUAGUUAUAUGGUUGGUGGAACUUUAUCUCGACAAAUUAGAAGAAAAAAGGUUAGGUGGUCAAGAAGACACAGACGCUUAUUUAGAUGUUCAAAAAGAGUUUGAAACUUUCCUGGCUCUUUCAGAAGUUAGCAAAUGUGUGAAAAAUAACAAAUCGACCAUUUACGACCUCAUGGCUAGUCAUGGAGAUAAAGCUAAUUCGAUGAAAUUAACUAUUGUUAAUAAGGAUUUCGAACAGUUGGUCAGACAAAACAUAUACGAGAGUAGCUUCUAUGAAGCGUUGGAAGUUCUCAAAAGUCAGAGUAAUUACGAACUGUAUUAUCAGUUUACACCUAUUUUAAUUCAAGAAGUACCCAAGCAUAUGGUCAAGGCUCUGAUUGAGAAUGGAAAAAAAUUGUCACCUGUGCGACUGUUACCCGCUCUAGUCAGCUGCGAGGGAGAGCAUCAUUCCAAAGAGGUCAUCAAAUACUUGGAAUUUGUGACCGACAAACAGAAAAAUUCAAAUAAAUCGCUGCACAAUUUGCUGCUUUCACUUUAUGCCAAAUACGAUCCAAGCAAAUUAUUGGAUUACUUAGAUUCUCAGGGAAAUGAACUUGGUAUGAUCAAUUUCGAUGUACAUUUCGCACUCAGAUUGUGUCAAGAAAGAAACCUAAUAAAAGCAUGUGUGCAUCUCUCAUGCCUUUUAGGCUUGUGGGAAUCAGCCGUUGAUCUUGCGCUAGAAAUAAAUUUAGAUCUUGCGAAGGAAAUUGCUAAUAAACCGCCUGAAGAGGAUACAGAACUUAGGAAGAAACUUUGGCUGAAAAUUGCUCAGUAUGUUGUUGCUGGAAAGAAUGACAUCCAGAAGGCCAUGGAAUUCUUGAAACAAUGCGAUCUUAUAAGAAUCGAAGACAUUCUUCCAUUCUUCUCUGACUUUGUCACUAUCGAACAUUUCAAAGAAGCUAUUUGCAAUUCAUUGAAAGAGUAUAACCAGCACAUUCAAGAUUUGAAGGAGGAGAUGGAGGAAGCAACAAAAUCUGCGGAAACAGUCAGGGAAGACAUUCAAAACUUCAGAAAUAGGUGUACAUAUGUUAAUAGUAACGAUGUUUGUGAUAUAUGCAAUAUUAUGAUCUUGAUCCGGCCGUUCUACAUUUUUCCAUGUCAUCAUAAGUUCCAUUCAGACUGCUUGAGGGAGGAGUUGGAACCUUUAUUAGGUUCAGGUAAGAAAAAUAAAUUGGCAGAGUUAGACAAAAGACUGAUUAGCUUAACAAGAGUGGAUAAUAUCAGCAUGGGUUCGUCGGGUUUGUCAAAUUUGGAAAUGUGCAGGGCCGAAAUAGAUAAUAUAAUAGCUUCAGAAUGUCUUUACUGCGGGGAAAAUAUGAUUCAAAACAUUGAUAAACCCUUCUUAGAUGACGUUGAGUAUGAGAUGAUAAAGAAACAAUGGGAAUAAUACCACCAUAUAAAAAAGUUUAAUAAAUUAAUGCUCUAUAUGUUUUCGUAAUAAUUUUUCUUGUAAUAUAUUUUUAGAUAGAAGUGCAAUUUGAAUUGAGGAUUUUAUUCAUUUCUGCUCACCUACAUAUAUGCAGUUGUAAUAAUAUAUGAUAUUUUAUUGUAAAUAAAAUUUAUUCUUUUGAAUAAAUUAUUCGAGAUUA